AUGGGUUUGUGCUCGAAGAAAUGUAUAGAGGAUAUAAACUGCGAGGUAGUUCCAAGUAUGUUUGCUGGACUAAUGGAGUUGAGCAGAGAGCAACUGAUGGCCUUGUCGUCAGCGGUGAACAUUGAUUCUGUUAAGGAAAACAUUGUUAACAAAAAUACUUUUUGUCGGGAUGCUUUCAUCACCCUCUUGUAUGCUUGUGCUAAACGAAAGGCUAUUGCACAAAGUAUUGUACGGUGGUUAACCGGUCCACCCGAUGAAAUUGACUUCAUAAAUGGCUGGUCUUCUUCAUUGUCCGUAUGGCGGGAACAGUUACCUGGGUUGCAGGAUUCAGAUGUGCAAACGUUUGCUGAAUGGUUGCUUUUUCUUUGUGAAUACCCACUAUAA